AUGCUGAGUCACCCCGCUGGCAAAUUCACCUCCAGUUUCCAAGCCGAACUGACGGCCAUCAACCAUGCUCUAAAACACGUAGCCUCCAACGACCACCAUGACUGCCAGAUCCGCAUCAUCACCGACUCGAAAUCGGCACUUCAACGCUGUGAGAGCAUCACCAGUGACCCGCGUCCCAACUCAUGGCUGGAGAGAGAGGUCCUUGACUCCCUCAUGACCCUAGGCGACCGACAAGUCGGUAUCGUCUUCCUGUGCUGCCCUAGCCACUGUGGCCGUUGGGGAAAUGAAGAAGCUGACAGAUGCGCAGCAGAAGGUAGCGCUAUGUCACAAGACAACAUCCCCUGGACUUACCACUCAGCACAAGCGAAAAUAAGAAGAAACAUAAAUAACACCAGUGUGGAACACCCAAGAUGCAAGAGAGUGUACUGUGACAGCAACUCAGUCCCUAAGUUCCCAUUAGAUGAGGACCUGACACGACGAGAACAGGUUAUUCUGAUCCGCCUUCGCAGUGGUCACCACACAGAGAUACGAUACUGGCGUAUAAAGUUCGAUGAUGAAAUUGAAUCCGAAUGCAGAACUUGCGGGCUAGCCGAAGAGACGAUGGAACACAUAAUGGAAGAUUGCCCUGCCAUGAGGAACCACUACCCAGAAGAUUGGAACCUACACAAGAUGACCACCAACCCAAGAAAAGCCCUGGAAAUAUGGCAACGCUUCCUGGACAAGAUAAACCCACCGAUUUCGGACAGAAACGACGACGACUAG